AUGUGGGUGAUUCUGGCCGCGUUGAUCCUUGUGGUUCACAUUGCAGCGUCUCCGGUACACGGCGCUACAGUGCCAACUUCGUUUAUCCUGAUCGGUGAUAGUACCACUGCCAAUGGGACCACACCAAACAGCGGUGGAUGGGGAAACGGCUUCUGCGGUUCCAUGAACACGUCGACGCCGUCCUCGCUGGAACCUGAUACGCCUUGCAUAAACACAGCCCAUAAUGGCGCGACGACCGGCACGUUUGUCGCUAAUGGUUUUUGGAACAUUUCUGUCACCUUAGUUGCGGCUAUCCAAGAGGAGGUAGCCAAAGGACGACGUACAUAUGCGACUAUACAAUUUGGGCAUAACGAUAUGAAGAUCGCUGACCCCGAAUCCAUGGGGGCGAACUUGACCAUCAUGGUCCAAGAGAUACGAGCUUUAGGAGCCGAACCUAUACUCAUCACUAGUCUCACGAGGAGAAGCUUCAAUGCUAAUGGCACCAUCGCUGAUACUCUACAACCAUGGGCCGAUGAAACCAUCCUGAUCGCCGAGCAACAAGGAACCCAUCUUCUGGAUUUGCACAAAGCCUCGAUAACAUAUUGUGAAGCCAUUGGCCCAGAUGCUGCUCAUCGACUGAACAGGUUGCCAGACGAUAAUACUCACUUGAACGUCAAUGGUACUAUCGUCUUUGGCAGGAUGGUUGCGGAUCUCAUGGCAGCUAGUUUCCCCCCAUUUGAGCUUCCUAUAAUUCCAAAUCCCCCAUUGACCUUUAAUAUCACACACGGCAUAGCGUCAUACUAA